AUGACAUUCAGAAGUGAAGUAAGGGAGUUCGUUCAUUAUCGAAAUGCCUAUCUACUUGCCCUCUCAGCGGCUAUGGGUAGCAUUUUUUACGGUUGGGAUAUCGGUCUUAUAGGAGGGAUCAUUGCCAUGUCCUCGUUCCAAAGUUCCUUUGGUGUCAACAAAUUGAGCACAUCCGCGAAAGCCGACUUCAAUGGCAAUAUCGUCUCUAUCCUUCAGGGGGGUUGCUUUUUUGGGGCAUUAUCUAUGGGAUAUUUCUCAGGGAAAUUCGGAAGGAAACCUUGCCUGAUUGCGUCUGGUGUGAUAUACAUCAUCGGAAGCACCAUUCAGUCCAUAGCGGGCUUAGGUUCUAGCGCUGCGACAGGCCUCAGUGUGUUGUAUUUCAGUCGUUUUUUAGGCGGAAUUGGUGUGGGUAUGGUAUCGGCAUUGGUUCCAUCUUAUGUAUCCGAAUGCACACCGAGGAAGAUUAGGGGAAGAUGUACGGGUAUGAUCCAGUUAGCGAACAACGUCGGGAUCAUGCUGAGCUUUUGGGUGAAUUACAGUGCAGUGUUAAAUCUGGCGCCAACUGAUAUGCAAUGGCGUAUUCCGUUCAUCGUCCAAAUCAUCCCUGGUGCUCUUUUCAUUAUUGGUAUGCUGUUUCAACCCGAGUCUCCAAGGUGGCUUGUCGAAAAAGGCAGAUACGCACAGGCAGCACAGACAUUGGCAUACGUCGCUCGUGUCACUCCUGAAGACCCUGCUGUCCUCGUUACGCUCGACGAAAUUAAGGAGGAGUUUGAGGGCAGAGAUAAGCUCACUCUAUGGCAGCAAUUUAAGGGCAUGGGAGCGUCGCGUGCUAUUGCCAUCCGAUGCUUUAUUCCUUCACUCGUUAUGUUCUUCCAGCAGUGGACUGGCACAAACGCCAUCAAUUACUUCAGUCCGGAAAUCUUCACCGGCCUUGGUAUCACUGGAACCUCAUCAACACUGUUUGCUACUGGAAUCUACGGCGUUGUGAAGGUCAUCUCCGUUGGACUUGUCCUUAUGUUUGCCGUCGAGAGUUUCGGACGAAAGAGAUGCCUAAUUGUCGGUGGCAUCGGUCAGGGCCUGAUGAUGCUUUGGAUCGCAGGUUACAGUGCCAUUCAUCCUUCAGGUGGGGUCGUACCAGCAAGUUAUGUUUCGCUUGUUGCAGUGUAUCUGUACGCUGUAUUCUACUGCGUAGGAUGGGGUCCUGUUCCCUGGGUCAUCUCCGCUGAAGUAGCACCAAACCAUCUUCGUACCGUUUCGCUCUCGGUAGCAAUAGGCAUUAAUUGGCUCUUCUCGUUCACCAUAUCCAAGAUCACCCCCAUCAUGCUCAACAACAUCACGUAUGGCACUUUCCUCAUAUUCGGACUCAUGUGCAUUAUCAUGGCUGGAUGGGCCUACGUAUUCUUUCCUGAAACUGCGGGUUUCGCCUUGGAAGAUAUACAUUUCUUAUUCGAAAACGAUGUCAUCGUUCGUGCAUUGCAGGACGCGCCUCUGGGCCGGCUUUUUAUUGGCAAGAAAAGUGCCUUGCCCGUGGAGGAGCUUCGAAAGAGGGAAACUGAAAUCGACCAAAGGAGUAUCAAAGAGGACGAUGCGAAAGCUUCCGAUGACGGUGUAGCCAAUGUCGCCCCAAUCUAA